GGGGAAGCCAGGACCUGUUUCGGGGCCCAGCCCCCCAUCCCACCCAGCAGAGGAAGCCAAGGUCAGGGCAGCCGUGAUUGCUCCCUGGUCCUGGAGAGGAAACUGAUUUUCAGCUGAUGAAGAACGAGGAGGCUCAAACACCAUCUUGUCUGGGUCUAGGACGAGUGACUUGGAGAGAGUGCACUUCCCUGGCAGGACAGGAUGGCCCAAGAGCUUAAUGAGAAGGACCUGCUGAGGAUGGAGGUAGACCAGCUGAAGAGGGAAGUGAAGAAUCCGAGAUCCCUGAUUUCCCAGACAGGAAAGGAAAUCAAGGAUUAUGUGGAGGCCCAAGCAGGAAAUGAUCCUCUACUCAAAGGCAUCCCUGAAGACAAGAAUCCCUUCAGAGAGAAAGGCGCCUGCAUGAUAAGCUGAUGACAUCAGAGCCCAUCACCCUGAAUGUCGGUCCCUCCUCACUGAGGACCAAGUAUCCUCAGACACCCAGGAAGCCAGUGAAUUUUCCCCUUCUCUUCAUCAUAGAAUGAGUAAA